ACAGCGUCUCUCCUCGCUCCAGUUUCCGACGCCUCAGUGCGGGCCGGCGGAAGGCCGGGGGCGGGGCCUCACCUCAAUCACCUCCCCAUUCCCGCCCGCAGCGGGCGCCUCCUUUGUGAUUGGCGGGGCGGCCCCGCCCCCCUGCGCGGUGUCGGGCGCAGAGGAGGCAGAGGCGCCAUUUUGCGCUGCCGCCGCUGUCUACAGGACGGGUCCGGAGGCUCUGCGGGGAGGGAGGCAGGAAGGAGGCCGCUGCCCGGGACUCGCGUCCCCGAUCGCUGAGCGCAGCAACCAGCACUCCACCGCCAUGAGCGACGUAGAGGAGAAUAACUUCGAGGGGAGGGAGUCUCGCUCCCAGUCAAAAUCUCCAGCUGGGAGUCCUGCUCGUGUAAAAUCGGAGAGCAGGUCAGGAUCUCGUAGUCCAUCGAGGGCUUCCAAACAUUCUGAAUCGCAUUCCCGGUCGAGGUCAAAAUCCAGGUCCAGAUCAAGAAGACAUUCUCACAGACGUUACACUCGCUCCAGGUCCCAUUCUCAUUCUCAUUCGCAUAGGAGACGAUCUCGAAGCAGAUCGUACACACCCGAAUAUCGUCGCCGAAGGAGCCGCAGUCAUUCUCCAAUGUCUAACCGAAGAAGGCACACUGGCAGCAGAGCUAAUCCAGAUCCUAACACAUGCCUUGGAGUGUUUGGCCUCAGUUUGUAUACCACUGAGCGAGACUUGCGUGAAGUCUUUUCCCGUUACGGACCUUUGAGUGGCGUCAAUGUGGUUUAUGAUCAGCGGACUGGACGAUCAAGAGGAUUCGCUUUUGUUUAUUUUGAGAGAAUAGACGAUUCUAAAGAGGCGAUGGAACAUGCAAAUGGCAUGGAGCUGGACGGCAGGAGGAUUCGCGUGGAUUACUCCAUCACCAAGAGGGCGCACACCCCCACCCCGGGCAUCUACAUGGGCAGGCCAACCCACAGUGGAGGUGGCGGUGGUGGUGGUGGUGGAGGAGCAGGUCGUCGUCGUGAUUCCUAUUACGAUAGGGGAUAUGAUAGAGGAUAUGACAGAUAUGAAGAAUAUGACUACCGGUACAGGAGACGAUCACCUUCACCUUAUUAUAGCAGAUACCGAUCACGGUCAAGAUCCCGCUCCUAUAGCCCAAGACGCUACUGAAGAACGGAAGAAUUACAGUUGUGGACAUGAUUUUUAAAUAAAGUUCUUCCCUUAGCUUCCCUUUGGUCUCCCCCUCCUUUCCCCUCAAAUCUCUCUUAUAAGAUCUUUGGUUCAUUUAGAAGAUACAUAUUUUCAGUUGAAGUAUUGCUGUUUUCCACCCCCUUUUAUUGUAAUACUCUUAAAAUUGUAAUUGUUGUAGUUUUGUGUAGUUAAACAUCUUAAGCAAAACUAAAUAGAAAUCCCAAAGUGUUAUACAUUUUGUAAGUCAUUUUGUUUUUGUUUUUAAAACAGUUGUACUCCUGGCUAAUCUAAUGAGGAGAAGAGAGCAUUGAUGUUUUUUAAAGCUUGCAUGUUGUGUGUAAUAUACGCACUCAGCUACUUUAAUAUAAACCUGUGUUUCCAAAAAAUAACUUGUUAAUCUUUCUGUUAAUGCUUGGUUGUUAAUUUUGAAAAAUAAGUAACGUCUCCGAACCUUUUCUGUAAUGACAAAUUUUACUAGAUAGUCAUGAACCCGACAGGUUUUUUUUUUUUUUUUUUGGUUAAAUUGCUUUGUGUAAAAUAUUAAAGUGAUAGCACAUUUUCAUAUUUGGUUUAACUUCUUUGGAAAAACAGAUUCUUGUACACUGAAGAUAAAAGUUGUGUUUUAUAGAUGAAAAGUUUCUAGACUGCUACUCAGUGGAUAACAUUUGAAGUUAAAACCAUACAAAUCUAACUGAUUUUUUUUAAUUGAACUUAAAGUAGUGUUUCCCCUUAAUCAGUGCAGGAGAAAAAAUAUUUAUUGAACAUAGCAAUUAGUUAUAUAAUUUGCUGUUCAUACAAACUCAUGUUGGUAUUACAAUGAUGGUUAAGGAAGUUCUAGUUUUCAGUCCUUCUGGAGUUGCUGGUAUGGAUAGAAAAAUUACAGUUACAUAUAAACUUCUUCCUCAAAAUAAAGUUAAUUACACUGUAA